GGGCGCUACAAACUGCUACUCCCUCGACAAGGCAGAAGCUGUGAAUUCUGUCAGUUUCUGACUUAUAAUAUGACUUGAAACAGAAUGGCAGCGAUGGAAAAUUACGUAUUUCCGUAGAAAAGUUAUUUUUCUUCUCCCUGAACUCUAUAAUGCAUCUACAAACUGUGAUUUGACCUGGAUUUCGCCAGCUUUCUGAGAGUCAUUCCUGCAUGUGUCCCACAUAUGACGGGCUAUAAUCAUCCACCAUGUCAUACAGGUUUGGCCUAUUUGAAAGCAUUACCCAGGUUGAACAUUACAUCAGAUUUAGACCUGCCUAUCAUGCCUAUCCUGCAGAGCUGUUUCUUAAGAUAUCUUCCUUCUUGAAUGAAAAGAGGCCUCCACCUUAUCAGCUGCUUGUAGACGUUGGUUGUGGAUCUGGCCAAGGGACCUACGGCUUGAGCUCACAAUUUGAACACGUCAUCGGGUUUGAUGUGAGCAAGGCACAGGUGGAGGCAGCAACGAGGGCAAAUACUGCCCCAAAUGUUGAAUUCAAAGUUUCCCCAGCAGAAGCUCUUCCCCUCGAAGACCAAUCAGUGGAUCUCAUUACAUGCUCUCAAGCUGUACAUUGGUUUGACUUUCAUGCCUUCUGUGAGGAAUGUAGGCGGGUCUUAAAGCCAACCGGAUGCCUAGCUAUUACCAAUCAUGGAAACCUGAGGUUGGAUCACAAGAAUGAGGAUGUGAGGAAUAAACUGGCCGAAUAUUCUGAUGAGCUUAACGAGAAAGAGCUUGGUUCUUUCAGGGAUCCAAGGAGUCAAAUUUCUCACAAUAACUUGACAGGUUAUGAGAUACCUUUUCCAGAGUUUGUGAGAGAUGAUUCGUUGGAGCUGAGAUUACAGUGGUCUGUUUCUCACCUUAUUGGUUAUAUCCAGAGUUUGUCGUCCUACACAAAAUACCUCAAAAAUAACCCAUCAGGAAAAAUUCUAGAAGAGUAUCAGAAAAAGGUCAUGUCAGCUGUAGCUAGUCCUGGUUCAUCUUCAGACGAUACAAUGGUUGAAGUAGUAGCUCCUCUAACCUUGCUCUUAGGACGUAAUUCCUAAACAUUUUUAAUGAUUCGGGUUAAGAAUAAA